GGCUCUUCAACUUCACAUAUCCAACCUCGACCAUGGCCGGCGGCGGGAACAAAGCGAAAGGCGGCAAGUCGUCUAGCACGGCGGCAAAGGUGGCUAACAAGAAGCGCAAAGCUCCUCAAAGCAACCAGGGCAAUGUGCAUCAAAAGCGGGCCAAGGCAGCUGACAAGGCAGCGCCAGUGAAAAAGAAGUUCAGUGCCGCCAAGAAGGCCAAGAAGGCUGCGGCGGCACCCAAGGUCGAGGAAGACGAGGACGUAGAAAUCGACGACGAAGACGUAGAGUUCUUUGAGAGCCAUGGCCAGUUCUCGUCGUUCCUGUCCACCAUGGACCGCAAUGCCAUCAGCAAAUCCACGAAGAAGACAGCUUUAAACAAACCGGUCAAGCCGAAAACGCUCGAGCAAAUCGAAGCCGCUCCUCGCGCGGCGCCAGCCGAGGCCAAGUCGUCUAUCAUUGACAUUUCGACCAAGUUGCCUGUCAAGUCGUUCGAUGGCGCGCUGCAGCCGAACAAACUGAUGCAGGAAAUCGUCGAGGAAGUUCACGAAGAAGAAGUAGAAGGCGACGACGACGACGAAGACAGUGACGACGAAGGGUCCGACGUGGGCAGCGGAGACGAGAACGACCUGUCCGACUUGGAAGUGGAGGAAGUUCCCGACGACAUUCAACGCCCGUCCACGACCUCGUCGCAGGCCGAACCCGCGGCCAUCUCCCCCGACGAGCUCCGCGCCAUGCAAGCCCGCCGACUGCACUCAAAGAAAGAAGAGCUUGCGUUGUUGUGUGAGAGCAUCUUGGAGUCACCUGAAGAAGCCGUAAAGAAGACCAAGGACCACCCCGACCAGUUGAGCAAGUUCCAGCAACUCCACGCCAUGUGCGAAGACACGGACGUGACGCUGGUCAAGCUGGCGAUGCUGUCGGAGCUGUCUGUGUUGCUGGAUGUACUGCCCGACUACCGCAUCCGCCUCGGGUCGGAUGGCGACAGCAGUGGGCCGCAGAAGAAAAAGGUCAAAGAGAUGAAGGACUUUGAAACGAACCUACUCAAUCAGUACCAAAAGUACCUCAAGUACCUGUCGGCGACGGCCACGGCCAAAUUGAGUACCCUCAACCCAAACCAGUCGAGUCGCACGCAGACCCAGCACUUGGACUUUGGCGUGGCGGAAACCGCCGUCAAGUGCCUCGCCGAGCUGCUCAAAGUCAAAUAUGCAUUCAACUUCCACCUCAACCUCAUCAACGCCAUGGUCCCGUUUGCCGACAGUCCGUUCCCGACCAUUCAACGCCCUGCAUGUGACGCAUUUGAAGUUGUGUUCAAGGUCGACAAGUCUGGCCUUGCGCCAUUGGAAAUCGUCAAGGACAUGGCCAAUUAUGUCAAGAAGCGCCACCAUCGAGUCAGCGAACGCAUGAUCAAGACGUUGCUCGUGAUGCCAUUGGACACGACCAUGGAAGCGGGUGAGAUCGCCCGCCGCGUGGCCAAGUCGAGCCGAAAGAAGCGCCGGCGGCAGCAAAAAGACGGGGAUGGGAUCGCGACGGGGUUAAAAGAAGCCGAGGCCGUGGUGGACAAGUCCGAGCGUGACAAGACCCAGGGCGACAUUUUGCACGAGUUGGUGCUCAUCUACUUUCGCGUGCUCAAGAACUCGACGUACUCGCCCGCCAUGCCUGCCGUCUUGGAGGGCUUGACCAAGUUUGCAUACUUGAUCAACUUGGAGAUCAUGAUCGACCUUAUGAAAGUGCUCAAAGCGCUUUUGAAAGAAGACAUUCUGCCCCUCGCUGCGGCAUUGCAAGCUAUUUUGACUGGGAUCAAGACGCUGCAAGGUCCGGGCCAGGAGCUCAAAGUAGACGAAAAGGACUUUGUCGACCAUCUCUACAGACUCCUCCUUCGCUUUGCGCAAGGGGAGAACGUCGCGUGCUUCAACACGGCGCUGCACUGCGUCGAGGCGGUGUUCAUCAAGCGAAAGGAGAUCGUCGUGGACCGUGUGGCCGCCUUCAUCAAGCGCCUCCUGGUCGUGUCCAUGUACUUGUACCCACACCAGAUGCUAGCCGUGUCGGCUUUGAUUCGAAGUUUGUUUCAUCGGUACUCGAAAUUGCACCAGUUGCUCGAGAACGACCAAGAUCGCGUCGCGUCGGGCAUUUACCGAGCGGACGUGGACGACCCAGACUUUUGCAAUCCAUUUGCGUCGGCAUGCUGGGAACUGAGUUUUCUGGGCAAGCACUACCACCCCGUGGUCGCGUCGUUCUCGACGGGGACGGCCAACUUGGAGCCGUCGCUCCCCAACGAGCACCCCAAGGCGAUGCUGGAGCGGUACGACACGGUGACGUCGGGGGAGUUUGUCCCAAGGGUUUCCAUCCCCAAGGCCAACCCCCUGCACGCCAAGAUGCUCAAGCAAAAGAAGGCCAAGCCAGUGUUUGUCAGCCAGAGCUACGCGGCGCCGUCGCCCUUUUUAGAAGCGUGCUUGGCGCUCGACGAACCCCGUGACCACGACGUGAAUUGCUUCUUUGUGUCGGUCGAAUGAACAAUUUAUAUUGUACCUAAUAUCAACGCUUUAUUGAUCAUAA